AGAGGGAAAAGAAAGAGAGAACAAUGCCGACGCCAUAAUUCACGAAAGCCAUCAUCAUCAUCAUCAUCAUUCCCUCCCUCUCUCCCUCCCGGAAGCAUAGCAGCCCCUCCAACAAUGGCGCAAGCCCAGCCCUGCGAGAGGGACCAAGGGAUUUCGGAGACGGGCUCCUCCAUCAAGGACACCUCCACCUGCGCCGUCUCCUUCAAGUUCAACGCCCAGGCCCCCGAGUUCGUCCCGAGGUCGUCCCAGGCCACCCUCCCCGAUCUCUCAGCUUACUACUACCCCUGCUUCCAGUUCUUCAGCAGUGAGACCGGUGGGUCCGACUGGCUCUUCGUCGGGGACACCACCGACUCUGGCUUCUUGAUCCACGGAGGGGCCUCUGCCGGCACAGCGGUGCCGGCCAACUGCUCGAGGAACGUCCUUGGCGACCAUCUCCAGCAGAAGAUAGUUAAACAGGUGGAGUAUUUGUUCAGUGACAUGAGCUUGCUCGCGAAUGAUUCUCUGUCCAAACAUAUCAGUAAAGAUCCCGAAGGAUAUAUUCCGAUAUCUGCCAUUGCCACCAUGAAGAAAAUCAAGUCCCUCACCACCAAUACCCAUUUGCUUGCUCAGGCACUCCGAUCCUCUUCAAAGUUGGUUGUUAGCAGUGACAGCAAGAAAGUUAGACGCAAGCACCCCUUCACUGAGAAAGAGAGAGAGGAUUUGCAGUAUCGUACUGUUCUCGUGGAGAAUUUGCCGGAUGAUCACUCUCACCAAAACCUGGAGAAGAUAUUCUCUGUAGUUGGAAGCGUGAAGAACAUUCGAAUAUGCCAUCCCCAAGAGUCCAAUUCGUCCCUUUCAAGAUGCGACUUUUUUAUCAGCAAUAAGCUUCAUGCCCUGGUAGAAUACGGGAGCACGGAGACAGCUGAGCUAGCGGCUGAGAAAUUAAACGAUGAAAGGAACUGGAGAAAAGGGCUCCGAGUGAGGUUACUGCUGAAGCGCUCGCCCAAGUCUGUCCUGAAGGGUAGGAGAUCCGAGUUCGAUUGCUUUCUCGACGAUGAUGAUGCUCUAGAUUCUAUCGAUGAUUUCCAUCCAAGCAACCCGGACAGUGCCCUUGAAAGCAAUGCUGAAGACAACGCAACUGGGUUGAGGAAGGGAUGGGGUGCUAGAGGUCGGGGCAAGGCACGCGGGCGGGCCCUGAGCCACAGUGGUCGGGGCUUGCUGACUCCUAUCCCACAACCAAACAGCAGCAUUCAGUGUGAACCUCACCCGAAACUGACCGUUAAGGGCCCGAGAAUGCCAGACGGGACCAGGGGCUUCACGAUGGGCCGAGGAAAGCCAGUAUCUUCAUCAUCUUCUCCAGCUUCACCUACCGAGUGAUGUUGUGGCUCCCAUAAUUCUUCUAUUUUCCUUAAGAAUCUUACCGUUAUUCAUUGGUUUCUUUCACAUCGGAUACAGACUUACUUAUUAUCAGGCUGCUCGACGAUUCCAUAGUAAGGAGUCGAUCGUACACGGAGUGAUCUGUUAUCACCAGUUAGAGAGAUAGGGAUAAAUAAACCUAUUGCGGUUAGUGACAACAAAGGAUAUUGAUCCUGAGAAUGCGCUAUAUUUUUUGUAUGGAUUCUUCUGCUAGUUUGAGUUUUAAUCUUAAAAUGGAAUUCCAUCU